GGACGUACGAAAAGAAAGAGGGUGCAAGAGGAAUUGUGACGCCGUAGUCAGAGCAACCCGUCGAACAGCGGCGUAUCGUGUUAAGCAGUAUUUACGGAGCAUACUGCGAGCUAAACUUGUUCUUUCUCGUGUCAAAUUCUCACUUAUGAACCAAAGAAUAAGAAUAAAAAGAAGUAAAUUAAACGAGAAAUUAUAUCAAUCAGGAAGUGACAUAUUUUCUUUUCCUUCUUUCUUAAUCUUAACAAAAUAUGCUGAUUCGUUUUGACGUGAUCGAAUCUCGAAUAAAAAAGAUGAUUAUCAUUGGUUAGUGGUGUUUUAUCUGUUGAUGAAAAAACAAAUAAAUAAAUAAGAGGAAACAUUGAACGAGUAUUACUACUACUACUACUACUACUACCACUACUAUUGGCAUGGCCCUGUUGUACGAGAACGUGCGACCUCCGACAAGUCUUCGACUUCCCGGUACGUGACUCAGGAUCUUAAGAAUCGAGAAUCUCGUGGAGGAUGAGCGCCAAGAUUUCACUUGGCGGUCGCAAUGCGAGCGACCACCAGUCAACAGUGAACCAUCGUACUGGUAAACCAUCGACGGGACUACUUCUCGCAAGACCAUCCGUCAAAAGACCACCACCAUCCCCAUCGUCUAACACAUUAGAGGUGAGUGGCAUCGAGGAAAGAACAGUCAAACGACGAGCAACCGUCCCUAAAGAGGAAACAUUGCCCGAAGGUUCCAACGUUAGGACGUUAACGACUACGUUAGUGGACUGUGAAGACCAGAACAAGAUGCCAGCCCUUACGUGUGCUUGUACUACUGCCACUUUACCGAGAUUUAAGAAAUUUCGACAUGGCGUGUUGUCUUUGGGAAGGAGUCUCGAUGUAACAGUACCAGAAAUCGCUGAUAAACAGCGUUAUCAACGUCAACGUCAGAAGCUAUUGGAACUUCCUCUAGAUCGUCGGUAUCAACAACAACAACAACAACAACGAGAACAUUAUAAACGUGGAAUAGGAGGGGUUGAAGAAGAAGAAGAAGAAGAAGAAGAAGGUAACGAGGGAAAAAAAGGAAGAAGCUCAAUGUCGACUCUAGUGUGCUGUGAGCCGGUGUCGGCCGGACGGCCGCGAGACAACCUGAAACUCGUUUUGAACCGCAGUUUGAGCGAGCCAGGUCCACCGGCGACGUCCUCGUGCUUCCUCUCGUCACCGACGUCGCCCGUAUCGCCAAGUCCCUCGACUACCAGCAGCGUCGACAGUUGCAUCACCGACGUUAGCGGAAUAACCGACAUUGCCAGCAGCAUCAGCAGCACCACCAGUAGCAGCAGUAGUACCAGUAGCAGUGGUAUCAAUUGCAAUAGUAGUGCCACCAGUAGCAUCAUCGAUAACGAACCUCCUAUUAGCAGCGAUUUACAUCGUCAUUAUCAUCAUCAUCAUUACCAUCAUCAUCAUCUUCAUCAUCAUCAUUACCAUCAACACCAACUUCAUCCUCUGUCAGCUUCGAAACGUUGUAAACUGGAGACGGUUAGCCUUCCCGCGAGUCCUUGCUCAGAGAGCAACAGUCUUCAAAAACAAUUAGUUCUACAAAGAACCCGUACCAUAACGCCCAAUGAAUUGGCUCAACGAAUUCUUCAACAUCAAACGAACAGCAGUCCUGUGCUCUUAGAUUGUCGACCAUUUAUUAUUUACAACGUCAAUCAUAUCAGAGGUGCCAUCAACGUUAAUUGUUCCGAUCGAUUCAACAGACGACGUUUGCAAUUGGGAAAAGCAACAUUGGCCGAUCUUGCUACUGCCAGAGAAGGCAAGGAAAUCUUACGAAGAAAACAAUACAGAGAAGUCGUCGUUUAUGACGACUGCACCGCCGAACUGGAGUACCUUCCUAUUCAACAUCCCUUGUUUCUGGUAUUGGCUGCUCUCGUAGAGGACAAUCGAGAACCCGCUUUACUUAUCGGUGGACACAAAGAAUUUCACAGGCGCCAUCGAGAACUAUGCGAGGAUACGCUUUUACCAUCCGGUGGUACCGGUAGCGGUUCUUCCGCGACCGUCAGCGGUUGUCCAAGUCCUGGUCCAGGUUGUUCGGUAUUAAGUCUUUCGGGGCCACCUACGCCACAACCGGCUGACAUCGAUAGCCAUCCUGCCUCUCGCGUUUUACCUUUUCUUUACCUUGGCAAUGGCAAAGAUGCUGCCGAUCUUCAACUCCUACGAGCCCUUGGCGCUACCAGGGUAUUAAACGUUACCUCACAACUGCCAGGAUAUCACGAGGAAAGGGGAAUUACCUACAGGCAGAUACCUGCGUCGGAUUCCGGUCAUCAAAAUCUCAAGCAGUACUUCGAAGAAGCCUUUGACUUUAUCGAGGAAGCACGAAAAGCCGGUAGCAGCGUAUUGGUUCACUGUCAGGCUGGUGUAUCGCGUAGCGCAACUAUUGCAAUCGCAUACAUUAUGAGACAUAAAGGCUUGUCAAUGGUAGAAGCUUACAAAUUGGUGAAAAACGCACGACCGAUUAUCAGUCCAAAUUUAAACUUUAUGGGGCAGCUUCUAGAAUUAGAACAGGGCCUAAGAGCGUCCGGUGGUGUUGUCACUGGAACACAACAAACGGAGGAACCCAAGAGUUGCCAUCAGUGUCGUUGGAGUCAUCAGCAAAGCAGUAGCGAGGAAGUCACUUCCGGUUGCAGCGUUUGAGAGAACGCAAGGCGCGUGUUUGCGCUCACACAAACAUACCAUAAUACCAUACACGGAUAAUAAUACAUACACGCAACACCUCGCAAAA